AUGCUGUGGGGACGUUGUACUGAUGCCGUUUUGGUCUGCAAGUGCGAUAGGAAAUUACCGUCAUGCUCGCGCUGUGCGGCUUCUGGUAAGACCUGCCAGGGUUACAAUUCAGCGCGAAAUGCAGCAAUUCCCCGAAGUCUGGUGCAGAGUCUGGAGCAGGAGAUCGACCGCUUGCAGACCGACCUCAGUGGCCUGACUUAUGAGCACUGUGAAGCUCAGCCCCUACCUCGGUCGAAGUUGAACCCAGCAAUGACCAGCCCGACCAGAGGAAAUGACCGUAAUACAUCGCUCAAUGCCUCCUGCUUGCAGUCGACACCCAGUACGCGCACCUUCGAUCCUGCCGCCCGCAAUGCCGCAAAGGAAGCCAUCAUCGCGAGUGCGGAACUCCAAGCCAUGAUCAGUGCCACCAUACCACUGGGACCUUCGCUUACAGAUGUCGUCCAAAGAAUUCGGAUGGGCCUGACACCCUCGCUCAUCGUCUCUCCAUCUACUGGAGGGAACUUUCUAUCCCAGAGUACUCCUGGUCCGAUCGAGACUCGAAGCCAGUCUCAAGAGGAAGAGGUGGACGCGUCUACGCUGGCCAGGGUACCACGUCAAAUCGUGUAUGCUCUGGUCAAUAAGUAUGUCCAACGAUCAUUGCCAGUCCAUCCUUUCCUCUAUGAACCCACGGUUUGGGACCAGCUGAGCCGUGUCCUGCGCAAGCUGCCUGAAAGGGCGGAAUCGACCGAGGUCGACACCUUGCAACCCGCACCGACUGUGAAACUCAGCUAUGAUUUUCUCGUCAUCUACCUCAUUUUGGCGACAUCGGUAAUCUUGGGGAGUGCAACAGCUGGCCAUGGUGCCCGAUGUCUGGCGUUUUCUGAAUCUCUCUUCAAGGAGGGAAUCCGACAUAUUUCCAAAAUAACCCCGUAUCCAUCUGAUAUCGCGGGCAUCCAGGUGACUCUUUUGAUCUUGCAGUACGCCUCGGUCAACCCUAGACUAGGUAAUGUGUGGAUCUUGAGCGGUCUGGCCAUGAGAGACUGCCUAGAGUUGGGGUUUCAUCGAGAAGUAGCCGAUGUGUCGGACCCGUUGACUGCGGAUCUGCGACGUCGAAUCUUUUGGACUGCCUACUACAUGGACCGUUCCAUUUGCGCUGCAUUGAGGCGGCCGUUCUCCAUCCCAGAUCUCGCAAUCAGCGCCCAGUUUAUGUCUAUUCUACCCGACAGGUGCAUCACUUCUGUGGGCUUGGUGGAAGACGGCAGUCCUCCGGCAAAGGGUCUUGCUCUCCGAUGGAUUCAAUAUCGGCAGUUACAGUCUCACAUUAUCGAGGUCCAUUUUCAAGGCCGGCCUCUUAACGCCGGGCAAGAUUGGGAAGAGUGGCUGGCCGUUUCCGAACAACGCCUACUCCAGUGGUACCACAGCGAUCUUCCCCACGAUGGCUGGACCGAGUUCGUAUUUUUCCAUGGUCUCGUCAUGCUUCACCGACCCUCACCCCGUAUACCGUUUCCCAAUACUACCAGCCUAUCUGCCGCCUUUGAGGCGGCAUCUGCCUCGGCGCGGAGCUGUCGCGAGCAGAUCCUAUCGGGAUUUUUCCCACGGCCGUUCCUAGCUGGAAACCACAUGUUUGCCACAGCCCUCGUAGUGCUGUUCUGCCUACGGUAUAAUUACGACACCAUCGCGCAGAAGUACAGCCCCCCACAAAUCUUCGAGCUGACAAAAUUGUUCAGUUCCAAUCUUCUGGCCAUCUCAGCUCAAGGCUGGAGUGAAAUAGCUGAGUACGCCGGUAUCUACGAACGAUAUCUGGCGCCCUUACUGGAUUCUAUCCUCACAGGCGACAACCCCGUCACUUACGCAUAUACCGCCAAGCAGGACGCCGAAUUGCUUCGUUUGCUUUAUCCGGGUCCCAUCCAUCCCAAAGAGCUUCGAUUCACGGGCCCGGCCGAAGUAGAAGAAGCAAACUUGUCGUCCUUUGACGCUGCGAUAUACUCGCAAGACGAAACGCUGAUGGGUAAUGGUGACGGAAAUAUGUUCACGAUCUUCUGA